CACACACACAUAGAUGAACAUUUUGUUUCAGAGAGCCAAAUGUUAAACAUUUACAAGCACACACAAUGUUUUGUUUUCCCUCCACUAGAAUGUAAUUCCUUGAAGGUAAGAAUUGUCUUUUAUUUCAGUGCUUAGAAUAACAAACGUAGCAGGUGCACGGUCAACAUAUGACACGGAUGAACAGAUGAACAUAGUUGGGUGGGAAUGCCUGGUUUCAUGCGUUCACUGUCAGACCUUAAAUUUCCAGCUCUACCAUUACCCAGCUGUGUGGCCUUGAGUAAAUUACUUAACCUCUUUGAACCUUGGCUUCUUUAUUUAAAAAGAGGAGAUAAUUCUCUUACCUCACAGGGAGGUGUUGACAAUAUAUGCCUCUGUCUGGUACCUACUAGGUUUUUCCACAGAUGGGGAGUUUCCUCCUCCCCCUCCACCCCUGCCACACACAUACUCCUUGGAGACCCAGCCCUGCUGCUGUCACAAAUUUCAGUGAUGUCACAGCUCCCCUCCCUGGGAGCUCCAGCACAGCCAUCCUGAUGGCCAGCCUGAGUGCUGGCUGAAUUGAGAGGGGCAGGGAGCAGGGGGUGCCUGGUACCAGUCUUGCUCCACCUGUCCUUGAGGUCUCACAGCCCCAGUAUGAGUCCAUCAGCAAAGAAGAGGCCCAAGAAUAGAAUGGUUUCCAAGAUACAAGAUGAAGAACCACAGGGUAAGAUACCACAACCUGUCAAAGUAAUCGGGCGGAACCGACUUAAGAUGGUAUUAAAAAACUUGUCGCUCUUGAAGCUGCUCAAGAGCUCAAACCCCCGGAUCCAAGAACUGCAUAGCCUGGCCAAAACGUGUUGGAAUUCACUGCUCAGAGUUCCGAAGAUCCUUGGGAUCUCCACUGGGAGCAGCAGCGUCUGCGAUAGAGUGGAACAAGAUAACGAAGAGCUCCAAGAGGCUGGAUGCCCCAGGAAGAUACCGGAAUUAGAGUGCCCAGGGGAGCCCCAGGUGGGGUUGGGGGGGAGGAACAGGGCGCACCAGCCACCGGCGGCAGUGCACCAGAGCGAGGAGCAGGUGGAGCCUGAGCUCCCAAGGACAUCGAAGGGUCAUGACCUGACCACGUACCCUGGAGCCCAGGGGAGGCAAUCACCCACUGGGGAUGCCCGCAUUGUCUUCCUGAAGACCUACCAGCACAGAACUCCCAUGGGGGACAAGAAGCAGAUGGAAGCAGCUGACCAGUGGAUCUGGUUUGAGGGGUUGCCCACACGAAUCCACCUCCCAGGGCCUCGGGUGAUGUGCAGAUCAUCCGCCCUGCGCUGGGUCAAGCGCUGCUGUACCCGCUUCUGCUCUGCAUCGCUUGAGCUACCUAUGUGCCAUCCAUACAGAGUAUGACAACACCACUGCCCGGCUGGGGUGGCGUGACCUUGGACGGGAGCCAGAGGUGUGAGGUGAGGGUGGAGAUGGCGCAAUCAUCUAAGCGGGAGGGAUGGGCGGGCAAAUUCACGAGUCUACAAAUAAAAUCUCCCAUUGGGAACUGAAG